UGUAUGUUCCUCCACUUCGCGCAUCGUUCGUCUCUCCGAAGCGUCGAUCACAUUUGGAACGAAUCAAUAUUUUCAAUCACAUUUCUGUAGCAAGAGAAGCGAAGAAAUGAACGUUCUUCGUCUCCAAGUUGUUCUCUGUUCUGGUAAAAACUGAGCUAUGAAUCCGUGCUUGAAGAGAAAAUCGCUGUACGAGACGGGCUCGGAUUCCUCGUAAUUAAUCGAUCGGCGAACCCAUUGGAGAAUAAAGAGAGGAAAAGGAAAUCUUUAGAAUGCCAGCCUGUACCAGCGAAAACGUCUCGAGGUUUUGGACCUCGAGUCCACCGAUCUCCAGAAGCAGCAGCCUGUCACCACCUAUACCCAGUUCACCUCUGUCCACCUCGCCGCCUUUGAUAUCACCGAUCUCUACUUUGAAACGUUCCGUGUCGAACGUUUCAAACUCUUCCAACACAUCGAAUAUCUCCCAAUCGUCCAACUCAACCACACCUACUGUCAUAUUCUCAACGAGACGUCAGCAACAACAACAACAACAACAACAACAACAGAGGCUACAGUUAAACCAUCAGACUCAGACUAGGCAAGGACAGAAUCAUAAUCGGAAUGACUGGUUCUUACUGAAGAUCCUUACAGCGUAUAUAGGUGUGUUAUUUGGGAUAGCUGAAAGCAUCGUUAGCGUAAUAAGUUACGUGAUCUGGGCACCAGCUCUCGGAGCCUCUAUUUGGGUUUACAUGCUAUGGGUGAUUUUUCAGUUUCCUCUCACUGCUUUCAAGUGGUUUCUCACAGUGCUCUACAUGCCAGCUUCCGAAAGAUCUCGUAACAAACGUUGCGUCCUGAUCAGCGGCGGUAGCACGGUGCAAACUGUCCACCUGGCUAGGAACUUUCACAAAGCAGGUGCCAGAGUGGUGAUCUGCGAGCUGGACGGUUUGUUCGGUCUGGCGAAAUUCUCAACCGCGUGCUCCAAGUUCUACACGAUACCGAAACCAGGUCCUGGUAACGCGAUCGAGUAUAUCAAAGCCCUGAAAGACAUUGUUCAGAAGGAGAAAGCUGUGUACUAUAUCCCGGUGAGCGCCAGCAACACAGCCUACUACGAUGCACUGGCGAAACCUUACUUGGAGGUAAUGGGUUGUGAGUGUUUCGUGCCCGGUGCAAGUGAAGUUACAGCUCUGGACGAUACUCUGGAACUUUUGGAAAGAUGUCGCGUAGUUGGUCUACCGAUUCCUUGUCACACAGUUUUAUGCUCGAUGCAAGACGUUUCCAGGUUGUACGAGCAAAAUGCAUUCGCCACGGGAAGGUACUUGAUGCUGGCCGCUGGUCCGACAGGGAUGAGAGAUCGUAGUAAAAUAGUGCUUCCUCCAACCUUGAGGGAGUUUCGAAACCAGCAAUACGAGAUCGGCGAGAACAAAUCUUGGGUCGUAAUUCGAGACCCUAGCGGGAAACAUUACAUCACUUGUACGACGGUGAAGGGUUCAAAGGUCGUGACAAAUGUAACUUGCUUGGUGGACGAGGAGCGAGGUCUAAUUCCCGAAGAGCGGGCAGAAGUGAGUCAAUGGUUAGAGAGAUUUUUCGCUCGUUCCUUCGGUACCAGGAUCAAUGGACAUUUGAGCUUUAGUUUAGCCAUGACAGAGGAAGGAGAAUUGGUACCGAUCAGCUGUAGGGUAGGUGUUAGUUUGCCGUACAUUUGUCACACUAGAAUCCAUCCUCGUUUGGUAUGGAAGCCGUGUCGACAUUUCUCCAGGCAGAAUUCCGGAAUUCUGAGUCCAUCGGAUUUGCUACCGGAUGCGGUGGCCUGUGCGCUGAAACGACCAGGUGGAGAAACGGUGCCGCAUUUGAUGGGUACCGUGCUCGACAAACGGGAAGCUCUGUUCACUUAUUGGGACCCGCUGCCUUACUGUGCCUAUUAUCAUCUUCAGCUGCCAUUCAGACGUUUCGCGGGCAUGCUGCGGGCGCAGCCGGUCCAGCAUAAUCCACCAUUAGCGCAGUCGCGGCGAACGUCGCGCGAACAUUGUCUCAGCGAGAGAAAACAGAAUGGGAUAAGCUUGGACGAGAGACGCGUUCGUACCGCUUGUUGGGACAAUCAUAAAACAUUCGGACGUCUGUCGUUCGAGAAACGAGGUUCAAGGGGGUUUGAGUAAGUUCACGUGGGACAGCCAGUAUUCGGAGACACCGGUCGAAUGAACCGUUCCAGCGAUUAUGAGAGGAAAAGAAAAAGAUGAACCAAGUGGUACGAGAGAGAGAGAGAGAGAGAGAGAGAGAGAGAGAGUGUGUGUGUGUGUGUGUGUGCUUCGAAAGGUCAAGUUUGUAUUUAUCAAUGAGAAAAAAAAGGAGAAGAAAAUAUACACGUUCGAAUCACGUGCUAUCGCCGCCGAACGCGCCACUUUUGCGCGCCACGAUUAAUAUAAUGUUCCUAUCUUCGUAGACUGGUGCAACGAGGAGAAUACCGAGAGUAAAAAUUUCCUAGCUCUCGGGCAUACAACAAUUACAUCGUGUUACCUAGCGCGCAAAAUGCACACCACGCUUUUUUUUUUCUUUUUCACUUCUUUUAUCACGUUCAAGUCAGAUUUCUUCCUUCGCGUUUUUAACCGCGUCGAGACAAUUUGAACCUUCGGACCCUGAUUAGUUAGAUAAGCAGAGACACACACUCGCGACGCGCACCUACACGCAGAGAGACAGACAUUACGAAACAAUUUUAUAUUUAAUUACCUACACUUCGUUUACGUUAAGCUCGAUAAUUUGUAAAUAACGUUAACUAAACUAUAAUUCAAUUAAUAAUCAAGCGAACUGUCUCGAAUAUUCUCAGAAAAAACUGUGAAAACGUGUACAUUUAAGGACGCGAGCAAAUUUUGUAAAUCAACGGAAAAUUCUACCCGUGCGGAAUUUCUGUAUUUUGUAGUAUUUGAUAUUUUAUAAGGAA